AUGUUCUAUUUAAUUAAUUCCAAAACUCUUCAACCACGUAUGAUGUCUAAUGGCAGACAUUUUACGGUAGCGAAUAUAGCGAGUGGUGGAGCUUUCAUCCUAAUCUGUCAGCUUAUAUAUACCCACAUAUAUCUGCAGAAGAAAAUCCAGAAAAAAAUUCGGGGUUUCUCUCAUUACAGAACCGCUUUCACAGUGUUAUCGAAGCAUGAAAAGGCAAUGGAAUUUUUGGGACUACCGCUUGCUGUUGGUGAAGUUGAUUUAGUGGACAGGGAAAGAAAUUAUAUCGAUGAACGGAAGUCUGAGUUGCGAAUCCCGAUUUGUGGAGAACGUGAUGGUGGAAUAAUGGUAGUUCGAGCGGAACGUGAUGAAAAUGGAACAAAUAAUUACUCGAAGUCCAUGUUGAUUAAGGGUACUCUUUUAUCAUUGAAAAAUAUGCAGUGGCCUUCGUGGUUGCAACCAUAUGUCGAAGUCUUAUUGUUAUGGAUUUCAUGGGCAAUUGAUUGUGUUGAUUGGGAUUAUUUGGAAUAUCUUACAUGGCUUUUCCUGCCACUGUUCGUCGCUUUCAUAUUACCAGCUAUUCUUCUACUUUUUAUAUAUGGUUGUGUUAUUUUUCUUCAUAUUUAUGGCUUGCGAAAUCGUAUUCGAGAGGCUUACGCUAGUAGUUUAUGGGAUGGCGCACGUAUCAGUAUCGCAUCCUUCUGGGAUGCAGUAGGAUAUGUCUGGCACGGUUAUGAAAUAAAAGGUUUGGAAAAUGUGCCUAAUGAAGGCUCCGCUCUUCUUGUAUAUUACCACGGAACAUUACCAAUAGAUGUAUAUUAUGUUAUUGCGAAAUGUAUGCUUCAUAAGAAGCGUACUCUUCACUGUGUUGGUGAUAAAUUCAUCUUCAAAAUACCUGGAUGGGGAAUGAUUUGUAAGGUUUUUUAUAUAACUCCUGGAACGGUAGAUGAUUGUAUGGCACGGCUGAAGGAUGGCCAUUUACUAUGCAUUGCUCCCGGUGGUGUUCGUGAAGCCUUGUUUUCUGAUCCCACUCGUUAUAACAUUAUGUGGGCUCGCCGUUUGGGCUUUGCUAAAGUUAUCAUUGGUUGUCCAGGAACGCCCGUAAUUCCAAUGUUUACUGAAAAUUGUCGUGAUGCUUUCCGUACUCCGCGUUGUGGACGAAAGAUUUUUAGAUGGAUUUAUGAAAAAACGCGACUACCACUUUGUCCAGUAUACGGUGGUUUCCCGGUUAAAAUGAUAACGCAUCUAGGCAGACCUCUUUAUUUUUCUUCUGAUAUGAAUCCAGAAGAUGUAAAAAAGGCUGUGAAGGGCGAGGUACAUGACUUAAUUAGAGAACAUCAACGGUUACCUGGAAGUAUAUUGCUCGGAAUCAUGCAGAGGUUUUAUGAUAAGCGGCACUAUAAACAGGAUGUAUUAUUGGAAGAAAUAACUUGUAGUAAUCUAUGCUCAAAUAACAUUACACACAGCGACAGCAUUGCUUCCUUAGGUCAGUUGUCAUCGCCAGACAUUCUGAUUUCCCAUGUAGAUGGUACAGUAUCGCUCGAUAUCAACUGA